AUGCAUGAAUACCGAAUGAAAGAUGAUGAUUUAGCCAAUCAAGGUGUUAUUGCUCAGGAGGCGUACGUAAUCUGUAAAGUUUUCGAGAAAAGAGGUGCAGGACCACAAAUUGGUGCACAGUAUGGUGCGCCAUUUGAAGAAGAAGAAUGGGAUGAAGAUGAUGAUGAUGAUGAAACAUCUUCAGGGGUGGUUACUCUGUUGGCGAAUCCUAAUAAUAAUGCAAGUGGCUCAACAGGUGUGAUGAAACCAGGUUCAUCGACUAUCACAUCUUUGGAAAAUGAAAGACUUACAAAUGUUCCUGUGAAUGAUGAUGUCAUGCUUACCCAGAGUGACCUUGCUCCAAUGCUUUGUGAUAAUGACACUCAGGAGGUGGAAGAUGGAAGUAAAGGGAAGAAAGUGAUGACUGAUGAUGGUGUUGAUAUCUUUAAAGAGUUGGCAGACAUGAGCAAUCUAGAUGAUUUGGGACAAGAUGCAUUUAACAUGUUUUUCAUUGAUGGAUCUGCUGAUGAUGAUGAUAGCCUGAAAUUGGAUGCAUUUCUGCAAGAUGAUUUCUUAGACUGACAUUGAUUGAACGUGGCUAUAUAUCAUACUUUUUCAACUUUUCUUUGCUUUCUAG